AUGGUUAUGGACAAGCUCCGGCCCUGGGUCCCUCCGUUGACGACAAGCCUCGACCCUGCGUUCCUGGAGAGGGUGGUGGUCACCCUCUUCCCUAGAGUCGAGAGCAGUCCCGCCCCGGGAUCGUCGGGACAAGUGUCGGUGACGGAUGAGGACACUUGGUCUGACGAUCUCGGCAUAACAGACGAGGAGCUGGAUCGAGCCGUGAGGCGUCUCGGUGCUCGGAACACUGCGCCUGGCCCGGAUGGUGUCCCGGGGAGGGCGUGGGUGUUGGCUCUCCACGCCAGACUGGGGAACCACAUGAGACGGCUGUUCACCAGCUGCCUCCGGAGCGGUGUGUUCCCGUCCGGCUGGAAGUCGGCGAGGAUGGUCCUUAUAAAGAAGGAAGGUCGACCCGCAGACUCUCCCUCUGCAUACCGACCCAUAUGCCUGCUGGACGAGGCCGGCAAGUUGUUUGAAAGAACACUUGCCGAGCGGCUCAGCGGGCAUCUGUCGCGAGUAGGGCCUGACCUGUCGGAAGACCAGUACGGCUUCCGGCAGGCGCGGUCGACAGUGGACGCGAUCCUUCACGUUCGUACACUGUCGACGCAGGUACUGUCCCGGGGCGGAGUGGCGUUGGCGGUAAGCCUAGAUAUCGUCAACGCCUUCAACUCCUUGCCCUGGUUGACCGUUAAGGAGGCGCUCGAGUAUCAUCGAGUGCCUCCGUACCUGAAGCGAGUUGUCAGGUCCUACCUAUGCGACAGGUACAUUACGUACCCGGGUCGGGACGGCGCAAGCCAUCGCAGAGAGGUCGUGUGUGGGGUUCCGCAGGGGUCUGUCCUUGGACCACUCCUUUGGAACCUAGCAUACGAUGCUGUCUUGAGGGUCGCACUCCCCCCGGGCGUGCAUCUGGUGUGUUAUGCUGAUGACACCCUGGUGAUAUUAUAUUAUAUGGUGCUAUUAGUGCCCCGUGGAUUUCGAGGAGCACUUCCGGUACCCCGCCUGGUACCCCGGAUUGAUAGGGUGGCGGGUGCAUUGCACCAGUUGCUGCCCAACCUGGGGGGCCCUUCGGAGGGAGUUCGCCGUUUAUACGGUGGGGUGGUGCGAUCCGUGGCCCUGUAUGGGGCACCCGUCUGGUCACACCGACUGACGGGCGUCCGGCGUUGCAGAGCCAUGCUCAAUGGCGUGCAGCGCCGCAUGGCCAUAAGGAUCGCACGAGGAUACCGCACCGUAUCCUUUGACGCGGCGACUGUCCUGGCGCGGUUUCCCCCGCUGGACAUUCUGGCGGAGAUGGACGCGCGUAUUUACACGCGCCUCCGCCAGGCGGAAGAAGCUGCGCCGCCGGAAGUGCGGUGGCAGGAGCGCCGACGGGCGUUCGCGAAGUGGCGCGAGAGGCUGGAACAGUCGUGGAUCUCGCGCCAGCGCGCCGUCGGCGCGAUCCUGCCCAACCUCGAAUGUAAGAAAGUUAAUUCCUCUAAACUCUAA